CCGAGGUUCCAAGGUUGAUUUUAUACACAUGUUUUUUUUAACAAUUCCGAUCGACGCCAUUUUGCGAAGACGUAUUUUUGCUUUGGCUUGAAUAAACUCUGCAGAUAUUAUUAAGCUUUGGAAGUAGAGAAUAAUCAGAAAAUAUGGGCGAAGAUAAAGACCGCCGACGCAGGUCUCGUUCAAGGGAGAGGCGGCGUUCUAGAUCUCGUUCUAGAGAACGUCGUGAGAAGCCAGCGAGAAGAAGUAGAUCUAGGUCUCAGAGUAAAAGGUCCCGCAGACGCAAGCCUUCUCUUUACUGGGAUGUCCCGCCGCCAGGCUUCGAGCAUAUCACGCCGCUGCAGUAUAAAGCCAUGCAAGCGGCAGGACAAAUACCAGCAAACAUCGUCGCAGACACACCGCAAGCAGCUGUACCCGUCGUAGGGUCCACUAUCACUCGUCAAGCCCGACGUCUGUAUGUCGGCAACAUACCUUUCGGCGUCACAGAAGAGGAAACAAUGGAGUUCUUCAACCAACAGAUGCAUCUUUCGGGUUUGGCUCAAGCCGCAGGAAAUCCUGUGUUGGCUUGCCAAAUCAAUUUGGACAAAAACUUUGCAUUCCUUGAAUUUAGAUCUAUAGAUGAGACUACACAGGCCAUGGCUUUUGAUGGAAUCAACUUCAAAGGGCAGAGCUUGAAGAUUCGACGGCCACACGACUACCAGCCCAUGCCUGGCACUGAAAAUCCAGCUAUUAAUGUGCCAGCUGGUGUGAUUAGCACAGUAGUUCCAGACUCUCCACACAAAAUAUUCAUUGGGGGUUUGCCCAACUAUCUUAAUGAGGAUCAAGUAAAAGAACUGCUGAUGUCAUUUGGACAACUUCGAGCUUUCAAUUUGGUGAAGGACUCAUCAACUGGACUGAGCAAAGGCUAUGCAUUUGCUGAAUAUGUUGAUAUCUCAAUGACUGAUCAGGCUAUUGCAGGUCUAAAUGGAAUGCAGCUGGGUGACAAGAAGUUGAUUGUUCAACGUGCCAGCAUUGGAGCAAAGAAUUCUACCUUAGCAAUGACGGGUGCGGCGCCAGUGCAGCUGCAAGUGGCAGGCUUGACGUUGGCGGGAGCCGGGCCGCCCACGGAGGUGCUGUGUCUCCUCAACAUGGUCACACCAGACGAGCUCCGCGACGAAGAGGAAUAUGAAGACAUUCUCGAAGAUAUUAAAGAGGAAUGCAACAAGUAUGGUUGUGUACGCAGUAUAGAGAUCCCAAGACCUAUAGAGGGAGUUGAAGUACCUGGAUGUGGAAAAGUGUUUGUCGAAUUUAACAGUAUUGCUGAUUGUCAAAAGGCUCAGCAAACCCUAACCGGUCGCAAAUUCAGCAACCGUGUUGUCGUCACUUCUUACUUUGACCCUGACAAAUAUCAUCGCAGAGAAUUUUAAUUUUUAAUUUUAACUUGUCAAGUAAUUCCCUUGUCUAAUAAAAUACAAUCUCAAAAAUGACUAUGAACUAUCAUUAAGAUGAAAAUGAACUUCAUAUAACCAUUGAACUCGAUUGUAUAAUUAAAAGAUACAAAUAAAUUAUAAUAAUAUCUUA